AUGUCUACUGAAAAAACAAAGGAAGUGUGUGGUGGAGUGGUAAAGGCUCAUAGCCUGAUCAAUAAAAGUCCCAUGCAACAUGCAGCAGAUCUGCAAAUGUUGGAGGAAAAAUCAGAGUUUAAAUCAGCAUUUUGUGAUAAACAGGUUGAGUAUGUCCAUGUCGAUGGAGGUUCUGUUGAAGCUCUCUCAAAUAAGGAGGUGCAGUUUUAUUGGACCCAAUGACAUCUUAUCAAGGAAAACACAAGUAUUGUUUUGACAACCCAUCAUAGUGGCAGAUCGUAUCUUAAUAGAGUUGAACUGGUAUUCGGUCGUUUCGCCAACAAGUUGUUUCGCCAACGUCUCGGGUCGAUUCGCCAACGCUCGUCCACGUUCUUAUGUCACCACGUUCUUAUGUCAGUUCGCCAACGUCGCGUAGUUCACAUAAAAGGCGUAUUGUGCGACAUUGUUACUGAUGUUCUUGUAUUUUGAAGAUCAAUUAAACACACAAAAUGCCUCGUUUCCAGUAAAUACAAUCUCCAAACCGAACUCGUAAACAAUAUAUGGAUUAACGGUAUCCUGAUUAAUAGUGUUGCCAACGGCAACGUAAUUAGUCACGGCUAGUAACCCCCUUGUGGGAAGAUAGUAUACUUGCAUGAACAUUAUUUUCGUGAAAAAUACAAAAAUCUUUCGUUUACUAUUCCUUUUCAGCUACAAUGAUGGGUUUUUUUUUCAUAUCCUCAAUUAAUUGCAAGAUGACUUUACUCUUCGGAAUUUGUUUCUUUUUAUAUUUUCUAAAAUCGUUGGCUGAACAAAAAACACUCAGAACAAUAACAUCUUGUAAACUCAAGAUACAAGUUAUUAAAAACAAGAUAGCGCAAAUAAUGGUGAUAUUUCAACUUUAUUCCAAAGUCAUUUAUAUCAAAGCUAAUUUUUUACAAGCGUGCCCAGAUCUUAUAUAUAUACACCAAAACAGGAAGAUGACGUAAACAGCUGAAAAGUGAAUAAGGUAACAAGAGAGAUAUUUACAAGCUAGUGUGAUUCUUACGGAAAGACAUGCAACUAAUCAGAGACAGUAUAACAACAGUUCUCGGUAAGGAUUUUUUCUCUCGGUAAGGACUUUUCUACCUGAAACAUAUAUCUUGCCUAUGUACUACUCAGUGCAACCCAAACAAUUAAAUUCAUUGUCUUUUUUGUCGUUGUUGUUGUUCUCAGUGUUUGGCUAACCUGUGCGAAAACAUGCAUGCAUGCAGCAUGAGUCAUCGUUGAAAGCUACUUCAUCCUACGCAGUCGCAGUCCUUUGUCUGUAGUUUGUUUGCACUGAAUAGCACACAUCGCAUAUAAAAAGCGUGAAAAGCCUAAAUAUUUUCAUUCACUUCUCAUUGGCGGCUGCUUCACAACACUACAUUUCCAAAACUUGUUCACGAUGGCCCAUCAAGAUUUAUGCAUUUGCUGCAAGGAUCCCGUCCGAGCAAGACAAGAAGGCAUUCAGUGCGAUGGAUGUGACAGAUGGCAGCACAGAACCUGCAACAGUGGGAUUUCUCAACACCAAUACAGAAACGCUGUCAGAAAUGGGCAGGUUAUUGACUGGCGUUGUGUCGACUGCAUGAACAUGAGCGCGGGAAUUCUUUUGCGACUUGCUGAGAGUUCAAGAGUUGGCCAAGGUAACUAUAUCUAAGUUAUUUAAGAAAUAAAAAAAAAAUUUCCGUGUUUGUAUGCAGAAUAUAGAAACAUGCAUGGUAGUUUGAGAGAAUGAGAAAUAAUUAGUGGGAAAACGAGCUCGUAGGCCGAGUUCUUGCACGUUAUUUUGAGUUCUCCCAAACUACCACAAGUUUUUCUAUAACUGUGGUGGAAAAUUAUCGUUUUGCAGAGUUUUGUGGACACUCUAUUACAUCAGUCACUUGUCAUGCCAGCGACAACUAACGACCAAAAUCCAAAUGGAAACUAGGCUUUAGUUAAUAUUAGUAAAAUUUAUUGUAAAUAUCUUAGUAAACCUUAUAGUAAAAUUUUAGUAAACCUCAUAGAAAAUUAAUUAAACAAAUUCAAAGCUAUGAUAUAGUUGAUCAAUUGCAUGCACAGAGACUUAUUAUUUGCCACAAUAAUACUGUGUAUAUCAUCACUUAAUUUUGUAGGCUCAUCACUGACCAGGACGGAUAGAAAUAAUUAUAUAAAAAUACAAAAUACCUGCUGUCCAUAAGUGCCGUACAGUUUAUAUCAUGUCUUUGCGAAUCGACUCGAGACGUUGGCGAACUGACCGUUGGCAAAACGACUGUAAUUUGUUGAACUACUCAAUGGCUGCUUGGCAGUGGCCUACUGCAAUCUCUUCAUUCCAUCUACUCUUAGACGCCCGUGUUAUACCAAACAGGGGUUAGACAAGGAACAAUUAGCAAAAAAGUUGGAGUUAGCUAUGGAUGUUUACAUAAAGAAAGUUAAUGGCACACCAUUGAUGCUUGUCAAAGUUGCAAAGACUUCCAAAGUUGCUCACUUAUCUAGGUGGCAAGAAAAUCGAGAAGCAGGCCCUGAAAGAGAACGAUGUGACACUGUACAACUACUUUGA